ACAGUUUAAAAUUGGCCGUCGAUUCGAUGGGAAGAUAUUUUGUAUCGCACCGUUGUUUUUGAAUAAUUGAAAAACUGUUUAGAAAAAGACUUAAAACAGACGGCAUUUCUCGUUCUCAAAUUUCCUCUCGAUCUCUUAGUGAAUUGUGCGUGUGAAGGCGAAUAUUUGUUUGCGCAGUUAGAUAUUCGAGUCGAAUGAUCCGACAAACCAGAGCAAAGCCUUUACACAUGUUGGGCGUCACUCAGCAAAAUUAAGCGUUGGUUAUUAUUAGUUGCCCAGCCCCAAACAGUGGAUAAUAUGCCAAAACUUCUCAAUCGAAACGCCCAUAAGACUUCAAGACAUACAUGCCAAUAAGACAAAAUACGUUGAUGGUAAUAUUCAUAUAUGGGCAAGCAAUGAAUUGAGUGAAUUAAAUGUGCUUAACAACUAUCAUUUUGAUUGUAGAAAAAAACAAUUUGCUCCAUUGGAUUCCUUUGGAAAUCAAAGCAAGCCAUGCAUAAAUUCAAAUUGACAAGAUACACCCUUUGAAAAAUGAACUCACUUCUAAAGUGAACGGCAGACGCGCGUGCGUUAUUUCAGUGUUUGCGUCGUAUAUAAAUUAUAUAUCGUUCAGUAGUAUAAUAUUAGCAACAACAGCACACGCUUCGUGCUUUUUCUCCACAAAGUAUUGAAAUCAAAAAAAAAACUUCAUUUCCAUGAGACAACGGAACUUUUCAAUUCGGCUGAUAGCAAACCGAUCGCAAAACUAAGAAAAUGAAUAUCAAGAGGACAAAGAGCGAACGAUGGUUUCUUGAAAACAAAAAAACCAAACAAAUCAUUGGUUUGUACAUGGGUGACACGAAAAUUCUGCGACAGAAAACCGUUUAUAAUACAGCACACUGUAUCAUAGACAUUUUCAAAGACCGAACCAUAAAAGUACAAGAAAUUAAACCGAAUGAAACUUAUCUAAACGGCAAGAGAGUGAUAAAGGCCAUGCUAAAGGCGGGAGACCAGAUUUUUUUGGGAAAUCAAAAUGAGAUUCCAAAGAAUCUAUGGGAUGAACGAUCGUUUUUGGUGUUGGAGAAAUUCAUGGGAGAAAAUAAAGCACUUGAAAACCAAAAACAAGCACAAGUUCAAGUGGUUAAUGAAAUGCAGCCCAUUGAUGAUGAUGACGACGACGACAACGAUGAUGACUUUGACGUUAUGAACGUAAACAUCGAUGCAGAUCACACUCAAAAUAUACGCAUGCACAAAGAAUCGUUUGUUCUUUGCGCACCAAGAUCUUCAACAUCAGAACAGUCCAAUGAAAUUUUGUCGCCUGAGGCACGGGUGAUAUCAAGAGAUCAACACGUUGCAUCACAGAGGCAAGCCAUUUUGGCAAAAAUGGUGAAAAGCAAUAAAUGGUGCCUCAAUCGUAUAAACUACGACGGUGUUAAUAAACUAUUUUAUUUAAAUGAAGGCGACACGACAAUUGGAAGAAAUAGAACGGCGGAUAUCACAUCAAUAUCCACAAUAAGCAGUCGCGAUCAUUGUGUCAUUACAUUGAAUCCCGAUGGUACCGUUGUGAUCACAAACAAGUCUUCAAAUGGCACGUAUGUGAAUGAUACCAGAGUCGAAUCAGACAAUUUCGUUCUGAAACACGAUGAUUUGAUCGGCCUAGGAUGUGAUAAGACUAUUUUCGAUAUGAUAGAAAAUUGGGACAAUUAUUAUGUGUUUCAUUUGCAAGAUGUGACGUUGGUCAACCAUGAGAACGAUGUCAUCGACUUGGUGAGUGACGAUGAGAAAGAAAACGAUGUCAAGCCGGUCAUUGUAAAUGGCAACAUCGAACAAGGUCCCGUAGUCGUCGAACAACCAAUACCCAUUUCCAAUAUGCCUACCGAAAAUGUGCUAUUAAAGGACGUGUCAAAUCAUGACGAUCAUGAUGACAACGAAUUGAUGUACUCACAACAAAUUCUGAUGGAUAUCAAGCAGGAAGUGAACUUUCCAGAUGAAAAUCAAUUCGGAAACCAUGAAGAUGACUUUUCCAUUCUCAUUGCAAGUGAUGAUUCGGAAGACGAUGAAUCCAGUUGGUCGCAAAAGUUGUCCCAAAAUCAAGAUUUGGCCAUCAAAAAGGUUACCGAAUCGGUGCAAAACAAUAAACGAAAAGUUACCAAACAAAUUGAAGCUAUACCGUUGGUGCCAGCGAAAAAGGCACGUCGUAACUCGGUGUCCGCCGUCGCAUUAGAGCCAUCGAAAAAGGUACGUCGAAACUCGGUAUCGACCAGUACAUAUGCCCAGCCAGCGGUGUCAGACUCGACGAUGAAAGUCAUCGUGGCAAGCAAAAGUGUGGCAAGCACUUCAAAAGCAUUAGGCGAAAAUGAAAAUCAGGGGCCCUUUGUUGAUCGGCUUGAUCCCUUUGCCGUCAAACAGAAACCAGUCGUAAAACAAAAAACAUUUGAAGAUGCUCUUAAGCAAGUCUCGUUUAAGCCGAAAAAGGUUCGCACCGCACAUGUGCCGAAAUUUUACCACAUUGGUGACACCAAAUCAAUAUUGCGCAGCCCGAAUGGUGGUUGGCCGAUUGAUGGCACAAAACCGAAAAAAAGAGUUCGUUUUUCUGCUGAUGAGCCCACCGUUCGUGAAUACACACCAGAUAGAGACGAUAUUGGCGAUAUCAUUCAGUCACCUGUCAAACCGUUGGGGCAACACGAUACGGACAGCUUGAACAGCUUCGAAAAUGAUCCAUUACACAACAUCAUCACAGACAUUACCGAAUGGAAACCGGAAUGGCUAACACAACGAGAUGUGACACCUCCAAUCAAUGGAGUGAAUUUAGUCAUCAACCCACUUACCUACAAAUAUGCGUCAUUUGAUGUCUACAAAGAUAAUGUGACGUCGCUUCUCAAGCAUGAGCUAUGGUCAUCGAUCCAAGCAGAGAAUCGAAAUCGAAAUCGUUUCGAAGUGAGGAUCAAUUCGAUGGAACUCUCGAAACGAGUUGAAAGAAAACGAUACGUGUUUCAUGUUCAAGUUGUUGUUGAAGGUGCAAACGUGCGAGCUAAUGUUGGUGAUUUUGUUCUUGUUGAAGCUGACAAAUGUCCGAAAUUUUUUGCCUAUGUCACAGUUCAACGAUUUACUACGUCAGGUUAUUCAAAAACCACAUACCUCACAAUGGAAGCAUCCGAAUCGGUGGUCAAACUGAAAAAUGGUGAAUCAAAAACGAUGUACAUAACACCGAUUGCCAACAUUCGAACCGAACUGAAGUUGUUCAAUGCGAUCUUCUAUUUAGAUCGAACUCCAUUUAAGAAUUUAAUUCUCGAUCCCGAAUCCUACCAAGAACCAAAUAUCCCAAAUCGAGUUUCCUCGAAAUUCUCAUAUUCGGGAUAUGAUAAGUUGAAUGCCGAACAAAUGGGAAUUCUACGAUCGAUUUACAAUAAGUGUCUGGGCACAGAUAUCAGUUUGUCAUUAAUUGAAGGACCUCCCGGUACCGGCAAAACGAGACUCAUCGUGUCAAUCAUACUGCAGCUACUCUUUGGCCUAGAAAUGAAAAGAAAACUACGAAUUCUGGUGUUGACGUCGAGCAAUGCCGCUGUUGAUAUUAUAGCAAGGAGGCUGAUGCACAUUAGAGAAAAAAUGUGCGGAAAUGAAAAGCAAAAGUUUCUCAAUGUGGUACGGUAUGGUGUGGUGAACAGUAUGCAUCCAGAUGUUCGACGGAUUGCGCCGCAAAAUUUGAAGAAUGAUACGCCAUUGUCACCAACACAGUUCGAUCAGCAUACGCGCACAUUGCUAGACGAGCAAAAGCAUUUACAACGGGAAAUUGAAACGUUGAACAAGGAUAAAAGUACGACCAACACGUUUUUACAUGAUAGACUCAAAGAUAAACAAAAGAGGUUGGCCAUAGUCAACGAAACGUUGGCCAAAAAGACAAUUGGCAAUCAAUUGAAUUCACAGUCGAAUGGAAUUGAUGAGGUUAUGAAAAACGCUCGAGUCGUUUGCUCCACCCUCAGCAGCGCUAUUAAUUUGAAACAGUACAUAAAGAAAUUCGAUGUUUGCUUCAUCGACGAAGCAUCUCAGUGUACAGAACCAUGGACACUGGUUCCAUUACAAUAUAAUGUAACAGCAAUGAUUUUGGUUGGUGACUCAAAACAACUCAAUCCCGUCGUUCUUUCACCGGUAUGCCGUGAAAAUAAUUUGGAACGAUCGCUGUUCGCUCGUUUAUAUGAUACCAUCUCACAGAAUGGUCCAAUGGCCGAAAGUACUUAUGCGAUGACGACGCAAUAUCGUAUGCAUCCCGAUAUUUGCCACUUUUCGAACCAUUACUUCUAUGGCAAUCGGCUGACAUCAGCCCCAUCGUCAAACGAUAAUUUCAUGCUUCGCUCCUAUUCCGUUUUUAAUUUAAACUUUUUUCAAUCAAAUAACGAUCAUAUCCAUUACUAUAAUAUGGAAGAAGCAGCAUUUGUGGUAUCAAUGCUCAAAGUGAUGGUGAAACAUGCCGAUCCAAAGGAUUUCUCAUAUGGUAUCAUUACGCCCUACGCGAAACAACGUCAAGAGCUUCAAACUCUCUUGGAGAAUUCUGCGACACUUGCCGCUUUCAAUAUUCCAGUGAAUACAAUCGACUCGUAUCAAGGUCAAGAAAGAGACAUCAUCAUAUUGUGUACAACGCGUACAAUUGGCAUUGGGUUUCUGGCGAAUCCGCAACGCCUGAAUGUGGCUUUGACGCGUGCCAAAAAAUCCUUGGUCAUCUGUGGAAAUUUCACAUCGAUUUCGAACGCUCCGGUGUGGGGCAGUUUAAUCACUGAUGCAAAAAGACGCAAAAAAUUCCACGAUAUUCCAACCGAUUAUGAUUUCCAAACCAUUGCCGAUGUGAUGGUUUGUAAGAAAGCGAAGCCACGGUCAGCUAAUGAUCGCAACUAACGCAUAUAGCUGCAUUUAAACGACCAAAGAGAGAGAGAGAGAGAGAGAAAAAAAAACUAUACAAGUGUAACUUAUUCAAAUUAUUGAAUAAAAUCAGCCGUAAACUAACCAAAUAUAUAUAGUUUGGGCCACAAUCAAAUGAUUUUUAUGAUAAGUAUUAUUUUGAUAUGUGAACUAUGUACGUACAAAUGGAUUAACACAAAAUUUUAUAUAAAAACUCAGAAUAAAUCUUUUUAUUUGUUAAAACGA